UCUGUUCAAAUUUCCAUAGCAUUCACAAACUCAUAAUUUGGUAUUAGUAAUUGAAUAAUAAGUAACUUGAUCUUUUCAAUUAUCAUUCUACCUCCAUUUAUUUGGGUAAGGAUAUCCCUUGAGUUCAUUGCGGUAGUUAUCUUUAGCACUUUGGGAUUGGCCGGGAGGUGGUUUGGAUUUUUCUUCUAUCAAAACAAUUUGAUAAGUUAAAGAUGCUGGCUGAUUGUUGGAGUAAUUGUGACAUUAUAUGGCUGUGUGGCUGAAUUAUCAUCUUUUGAGUUAUUUCAGUUAUCCUCCUGUUAUAUUGCUGAGUGAAUUGCCUUUUUGCAGAUGCUGAAGGACUUCUUACUCUGGAUUGAACAAGAUCUUGGACCUUGGGGUCCUGUUGUGCUGGCUGUUGCAUACAUUCCUCUCACGGUUUUGGCCGUUCCAGCUUCAGUACUUACUCUGGGUGGUGGUUAUCUUUUUGGCUUGCCUGUGGGUUUUGUUGCUGAUUCUAUUGGUGCAACAGUUGGUGCGGGUGCAGCAUUCCUUCUUGGCAGAACAAUUGGAAGGUCGUUUGUGAUUUCCAAGUUGAAGGACUAUCCUCAGUUCCGGGCAGUUGCAGUUGCAAUACAAAGAUCUGGCUUUAAGAUUGUCUUGCUGCUUCGGCUUGUUCCUUUGCUUCCGUUUAACAUGUUAAAUUACCUCUUGUCUGUUACUCCGGUCCCGUUUGGAGAGUACAUGCUGGCUUCAUGGUUGGGAAUGAUGCCAAUUACUCUCACUCUGGUAUAUUUUGGAACGACUUUAAAGGAUCUUUCUGAUGUAACUCAUGGAUGGACUGAGUUCUCCAAAACCCGCUGGGCAUUCCUUAUCUUGAGUCUUGUGGCAUCUGUGGUUUCAAUAAUUUGUGUUACUAAAGUUGCGAAGGCUUCGUUGGAAAAGGCAUUGGCUGAGAAUGAGAAUAAUACUGAUGACAUGGAAGUCUCACCACAAUUGCCAAUUGUAGCUGAUUCUCCUGUAGAUCUCCACCAGCCCCUUAUAGUCAAGAUAGACCCCUCUCAAAACAAUCAUGAACAAUGA